UAGUCGACAUCUCGAACAUCCCAUGACCCCGUAGUCUCGGCUUCUGCCUCUGCGUCUACAGGCCGGCCGUACGGACGGUAGAGCUACCCGUCCAGCCAAGACAUUAGAGGGUUACCGGACCUUUUGUUUCUCUUAGAAUCCAUGCCAUACAGCCCCUUGACUGAGUGCUGCCCCCGUUGUUAUUAGAUACGAGGGUACAUUGUCUGAAAGAUUUUGCCUGCACCGCCGAUCCAAUCCCGGCACCCUGAUCCAACGGUCACCCGGCCCUGUGUCCGCCAGCUGCUGCAGCUCCUCCAAACGACCCAUGGGCCGAAAUAAGAAACCUCAGGACCAGGCCAGCUUAAAGAAAAAGAGCAGAAAAAUUGCAAUUAUAUUGGAGGAUCCAUCGACCACACUCGGACGCGUAAUCGGCAAAUAUGAGGAAAGUACACCAACCGAGUCCCGACCCACCAGCGCCGCGCUCGCGAUCGGAUAGCUUUGUGCGCAUGCUGGAGCUUGAGAAGAUGUGCAAGAUGAAGCGUAUCCUACAUGAUCAUGACCCUUCCACUUCAACAAGCAGCACACCAAGGGCUCCCUUCUCCUCAGUUAUUGCCCACCCCCUUCCCCAACGGUCUCGGCGUGCGAGUGAUUAUCCUCCGCUCUCUCACCAGACCCAGAUAAUGAAGGCUGUUCGCCGCAGCGCAGCGCUACCCUCUCUUUCUUUAUCCAUCCCACCAUCGCCAGCUCAGGUGAUGACCAGGCCGGAGGGAUCCGUUGAGGAGUUAUCGCUUGGAGGGGAGCGCACUAAGACAGUGACCUUCUCCGAGCCCGAGGGGGAAGACCUCUCAGACGAUUCCUCCAUUUGCCAGUCUCCCAGCUGGGAACAGUACAGUCAGAAGAAGAAAGGCAAAAAGAAGCAACAGAAGAAAGGGGUCGAUCGGAAGGGUACGAAAGAGAAACCAGACGCCGCUCCCAAAAGGAAAAGCAAUCGUUUGAGCAAGCUCCCCCCACACAACCCAUUCACCGCACGGUCGCUAACAGUAUCGGAUCGCUCCAUCUCAGCUCCUGAGUUGGGCACCUCGGUACAAUCAAACAAGAUGAAUUCCUCUUCGACAACUGAAAUGCGCGGUGAAUUGGUCAAGCGCCAAACACUACCAGCUGAGUCGGCGUCGACAACAAAAGAUAAACGGAAAAGUAAAGGUUUUCUUUCUGGUUUUAGAUUGCAACACGGUAAUGUGACCGCAGUUCAGAAGCUUAUAGAUGCGCGCAAGGACACUGCGAAGGGCUCUGAAAACCUUGCCAAUGAAGCCGAACCUUUGCGCAGUAUCCAAUAUGAGACAAUUCCUGUACAGCAACCUAAUAUCUUGAAGUCGAAGAAGCCACCAUCAAUUAGAUCAGUAGUAUCGACCUCAGAUCACUCCCUCUCUUCACAAGAGAAAAAGGGCUUAGGAGCACAUACAUCCAUGGGGUCCGGCCUUGGUCGCUCACAAUCUCUACUAUCGUCGACAUUGAGUAAACUCAGGGGGCCGUCAUAUCUUUAUCAUCAGCCUUUAGCGGAUGGCUCAACCAGCGACCAUUCGAGAAAUAAUGACAACUUGCUAGUUGUUGGAGUCGAGCAAGGCAACCCUGCGGGCCAAAGUGAACAACCUGUGGAGAGCAUCAUUCCUAGCCUUGGGCACCCACAACAACAGUUCGAUUUUGCUUUUCCUCCAAAGCCUAGGAGAGUGAACACGGAACCUGGACCGGAUAUCGCUCCCCGUGGGCGGCAACCUCGGCUUCGUCAAGUCGACAUUCAAUCACCCGGCGUCGACCAAGAAAUCCCUGCGUUGAAGCCUUCCGGUAGCCGGCGUGUACAAAUUGAAGCCCCUCAGGCCUCUACUCGGGAUGCUAUGAUGGCUAUGGUCGCAGCUCACGAGAAGCAAUCUCAAGCAGCGCAUCCCUAUCGACAACCCAGGUCAAAUACUGUCACCGAUCGUUUGAUGAUUGAUGUACCGAAGGAUAGUGGGAUGGGUGGAAAACACACUGUCUCUCGCAAUCACAAAGACGAAAUCAAUCGACCUCUAAAUCCUCAUAAAAAUACUGUAAAUGUAUCAAUCACAGGUCGGGUAGCCCAAGGAGAAGCGAAGGUGGCUGCGGUGUCUGACCGAAACCACGGAUUGGAUAUCGUGGAUGGGCAUAUUCCAGAGGAUGACCAAGUGUCUGUCGAUACAUACACAUCAACAAUUCGCCCGACAUCUCAUCAAACAACCUCUCGUCUAGGAAGUCCGGAUUUCCAUAACAAUGCGACGGCAUCUGAAAUGUCUGAAGGACAGGGAAUAGGUGUCGAAAAAUCGAUUGGUGAUCUCAUCACAUUUGACAGGGACAUACCCGAUGCAUUGCAGCAACCAUUGCAGCCCCAUCGAGAAGUAGACUACUUUUCGUCUUUCAGCGAGUCCUAUUCACCCCCAAUACUCGGCUUGCGAUUACCUAGCGACAACGAACCUCUGUCUACACAACUUCAAUCUCCCGAGGAGUCGGAUGAAGACGGUGGACAUGGAGUCCCAAAGGACCACGUACGAAGUAUCAAUGACAAGCAAAGAGUUGUGGCGAAUGAAAGAGACCUUAAAACUCUAGACGCAUUUAGUUUGAACUCAAAAGAAACGAGCUCAAUGUCGUUUGGCCAAGAGAAGAAAGGUUCUCCUGCUAUUUCCUCUCAAUUCUCUGAUAGCGACGUACCUGCUUUCGAACGCCUUGGCAUAUCAUCCAAGACUGCGAAGGUCCUGGUCGGAACAGAGAUGAUUAGUACAUCCACAAUCCAAUCGCAACCAAUUGACCCAAGUCGUACGACUUCAGAGAGGUCUUCCUCUUCGACUUGCGACGACUCGCCGCCAUCACCAUCGUCUGCUACAACGCCGAAUAGCUCGCGGCCGCAAUCACGGAAAGGAGUGCCAAUAUCGGACCUAGAAGCCUCACAAAAUGCACUAUUGGGAUCCAUGUCACAGACUGACAGUGCAUUAUCUCGCACGAGUACCGAGGAUCAGCUCUCCGAGCGCAUUGAAGAACUCGCGCCUCGGAGAACCAAUCCAAGGGCCAAUUUGAUUGGCGAUGAUUGGACUGAAGUUGCUACGGCCAAAGAUCUCAAGCUCAAGCAGCAGUCCGCUUCUACACCAAGCAGAGGCGCAGAAGUAUCGAGCAGCCCGUCUCUAGUUGCUUCGCCAACGGCAGUGAGCUUCGCCGAUAUUGUUCGCAAAGAUUUGGACGAUGAAGAAGAUCGGCAAGAUCAUGUGCUCCCAUUUCCACCAAGGACACAAUCCGCCCUAGACCUCCGUACUACAACAAAGCUCGCGCAACAACCCUCACGAUCGCAGCGACUACAUCUCAAAUCAAGCGCAGUAGCCUCUUCGGUCAGCCUUCCUAGCUCACCACCAGACAUCACUGAGAUGCCUCGAAAGUCGGCUUUGAAGAUGUCUCGCAAUAAUAGCACAAAUGGCCUUGAUUCGUCAACACCCACCUCCAUGGGCGCCGCAUAUCUUCAGGAAGCACGGAAGGCUGUUUCUGUGGCAUCGGCAUCCUCAUCAAGGGCAUUGCGACCCCGUUUUCCGCAGCACAAUUCAUCCGGGAGCAUUGGAAGCGCCGUGUCCGCGGGUAGUCGAGCAGAGCCGCUCGCCAAGAUGCUUGUAGAGUGUUGCAACUGCCAUUUCUUUCACGAUAUGCCCUCGCGAGUAUACGAGUGCAUGGCCAAGCCGGAUUCAGUCGUGGAAGACAAAUCACUGGGUGUUUCUGCCGCCAUCACCACGAUGGUCAGGUGCCCGUGGUGUGCCCAUGGCAUGACGACCCAAUGCUGUUCCGGAUAUGCGGCAGUGGUUUACCUCAAGGAGAAGUUGCAUGGAAAGUGAAGUGGCUAGCGUUUGAACGAUUCUUUUAGAUAACCACU